AUGGAAAAAUAUUUUAAAAGAAAGUCAAUUGCUGAGACAUCUCAACUUUGUUCUGGUGUCAAUGAUCAUGAAAACCAACCUUUUUCAAAGAAAAAUUGCUUCGAAGUUGACUUGGAAAAUCUUCCUUUUGAUCCUGGAUUUCGACCAAGAAUUACGUUUUAUCAUCCUAAUGUUCGAGACCAAGUCAGAAUGCGUUAUCUACAAAAGGGUCCUUGUCAACCUCGUAACCAUAAGUUUCCCAAAUCAAAAUCUGGUGAUCAUGAACGGAGUUUCCAAUGUUCUUGGUUUGACAAAUAUCCUUACUGGUUGGAAUAUAGUAUUGAGAAUGAUGCUGCAUAUUGUUUAUGUUGUUAUCUUUUCAAACCAGAUAUAGGUGAGCAAAGUGGUGGUGAUUCUUUUGUUCUUGAUGGGUUUCGCAAUUGGAAGAGACUUGAAAAUUUUAAAUAUCAUAUUGGAGGUCCUAACAGCUAUCAUAAUCAAGCUGUGAAAAAUUGUCAAGCUUUGAUGAACCAAAAGCAGCAUGUAAGUACAAUUAUUAAUAAGAAAUCUGACCAACAGCGAGAAGAUUAUCGUAUUCGGUUGAAAGGAUCAAUUUCUGCUAGUCGGUUUCUUCUUCGGCAAGGAUUGCCUUUUCGUGGCCAUGAUGAGUCUGUUAAUUCAAUGAAUCGGGGAAACUUUCUUGAACUUUUACACUAUACAGCUGAGCAAAAUGAAGAAUAUAGAUUAGUCGCAUUGGAGAAUGCUCCUGGACAUGAUAAAUUGAUUGCUCCUAGUAUCCAAAAAGAUAUAAUCAAUGCAUUUGCAGUUGAAACCGUCAACAAACUAAUUAGUGAUCUUGGAGAUGCUUUUUUUUCUAUACUAGUUGAUGAAGCUCGUGAUGUAUCCAACAAAGAGCAGAUGGCAAUUAUCUUACGUUAUGUAAAUAAAAAAGGAUGUGUUGUUGAGUGUCUAUUGAGCAUUAUGCAUGUCACGGAUACGACUGCUUUGUCACUAAAGAUGGGAAUCGAAUCAUUGUUCUCUAAAUACAAUUUGAGCAUAUCAAGAUUACGUGGACAAGGUUAUGAUGGUGCGAGUAAUAUGCGAGGUCAGUUUAAUGGGUUAAAAGCACUUAUAUUGAAAGAUAAUGAAUAUGCCUUCUAUGUGCAUUGUUUUGCUCACCAACUUCAAUUAGCACUUGUAGCUGUGGCAAAAAAGGAUACAAAUAUUGAGAGACUUUUUUUGAAAGUUUCUUGUGUGAUAAAUAUUGUUGGAUGGUCACCUAGACGUAGGGAUCUUCUUAAUGAGAAACAAGCAUUGAAGGUGAAAAAAGCUAUUGAAAGUGGUGAGCUUUCAACAGGACAAGGUCUUAAUCAAGAUACUAGUCUUAAGCGACCAGGGGAAACACGGUGGGGUUCACAUUAUGGGACUUUAUUGAGCUUGAUUAAUUUGUUUUCAUCUGUUAUUGAAGUGCUUGAGGAUCUUACUGAAAAUUCUGAUAAUCGAGUUGAAGCAAGUGAUUUGGUGGAUUAUAUGACUUCUUUUGAUUUUGCUUUUAACCUGCACAUGAUGAAAAACAUUUUGGGAAUCACAUUUGAACUUUCACAAGCAUUGCAAAGGAAGGAUCAAGAUAUUAUAAAUGCUAUGUCUUUGGUUCACUUGUCAAAAAGAAGAUUAUUGUUGAUAAGAAAUAACGGAUGGGAUAAUCUACUUGAUGAAGUUUCUCAUUUUUGCAUUGCUCAUAAUAUAGAUAUGCCAAAUAUGCAAGAGAAAUUUGUUGCACGAGGGAGAUCGCGGCGUAAUGUUCAAGAGAUGACAAAUUUAUUUCAUUAUCGUGUUGAGUUGUUCUAUGCCAUAAUAGAUUUGCAACUAUCAGAGCUUGACAGUCGUUUUAAUGAAGAACUAAAUGAUAUUAUCAGUCUUGCUCAGAAAAUGGUUGAAAAGAAGAAGCAUCUUAUUUACUCAUUGGUAUAUUUGCUCAUCACAUUGGCUUUAACCUUACCAGUUGCAACUGCAAGUGUAGAGAGGGCAUUUUCUGCUAUGAAAAUUGUGAAAACUCAUUUACGCAAUCGGAUGGGAGAUCAAUUCUUGAAUGAUAGUCUAAUUCCAUACGUUGAGAAAGAUAUAUUUGACAGUGUUGAUAAAGAGAUGGUCAUGCAACGAUUCCUCAAUAUGAAGCCCUGCCGAGGACAAUAG